UCCUUUAGAUAUGUUUAACAAAGGUUUAUAUAAAACAGAUUCUUAAAAUGAAGUUCCCAAUCUUUAGAGUAUGAGAUGCAUGUAAAUGUUAGCUACCAUAGCAAUUUUAAAUAUGGAUUUAGGUACAUUACUUCUAAUUUUGCUAAAAACAGCUUUUAUUGGUUGCAAUGUGGAUCACAGUAAACAAAAAUUAACUGUAUCAAGUCAAGACAAAAAAUAUGUUAUAUUACGAUUGAGUGAAGCUUUGCCUAAUUGGACACAUUACCACCUUGAUACCAGCUUAAGUGGGGCACAUUACCACAAAAACAAUGGAUAUUAUUUAAAUCACCUAAAAAUAUCAAGUUUUACUGAAAUUUAUUUUUUUGAGAGAAAUUUAAGUUGUUUUCAAUUGGAAAGUUUGAUUUUAAACAUUAGUUCUAUAAAGUAUUUUAAUGACUUAAUUGGUUAUCACUUUUUAAGGAAUACUGCACUAUUAGGAAGCACAUUGUAUAAUAUUUCUAAAAACUGCAAGGUUAAACUAGUGAAGCGUGAAUAUAAGCUUUAUAUAAACGAUUAUCAUGAUAAAAUUGUGAUAGACCUAAAGUUUCUUAUUCAAAAUAAUCCCCAUACUAUUAUUUGUCAAAACAUUUCUAAAAAAUUUCUGUUUAUUUCUGAGCAAAAUAAUUUAAUACUAAAGCCAAGAUUGUUUGAAAAAAGAAGUUCCAUAAACUGUCAGAUUUUUAAACAAACUUUAAGUGAUGAUAAUAUUUUUUUGAAAAUAUAUUUAUUUACUUCUACUAGCCCUGUUCUCAUACGAAAGCGUCGAUCUUCAGAUAUUUAUUUUGAACAUGAUCAAUACACAAUAGAAGUUAAAGAGAAUAUUGUGGUUGGAGAAACAAUACUUAAAUUAAAUGUCUAUGGGGGUUCAGGAAAGUAUAUAUUUAAAAAAAGUAAUGAUCUAAAAACAGAUAGCCUCUUUAAAGUUGAUGAAAAUUCUGGAGAAAUAAAAAUUCUAAACAAAUUGGACCGUGAGGAGGGUGCAACUUUAUUUGCUUUAGAUAUAACAGCCUCUGACAAGGAUAAUCUUAACUUAAUUGCUUAUACAACUGUUAAAAUAAGUAUCUUGGAUAUAAAUGAUAACCAUCCAAUAUUUAGUAUGCCAGCAUAUUUAAAAACCAUUAAAGAAGAACAACCUUUAAAUCAAUUUAUACUAACUGUACAAGCUUCUGAUAAUGAUUUUGGCAUCAACAGUGAAAUAAAAUAUUCAAUUAUUAAAAAUACGAGCAUCGAUAUUCCUUUUGAAAUUGAUGAGAAGACUGGUGUAAUAAAAAAUGUUCAAAUACUAGACAGAGAAAUAAAGUCAUUCUAUCUUUUAUAUGUCAAAGCUGAAGAUAAAGGUGUUGAUCCAGGUUCUUUGUUUGCCACAGUUUUAGUAAAUAUUACUUUAGAAGAUAUUAAUGACAAUAAACCAACUUUUUCUAAAAGUAAAUUUGUAAUAACUCUUCCGGAAGACACUCCAGUUAAUCAAGUAAUUUUAAAUGUUACAGCCACUGAUGCGGAUUCAGGAUUGAAUGGAAAAAUUGAAUAUAGACGUUUAAGCCAAUCAGAGUUUAGUAUUGAUAGCUCAAGUGGUGAGAUUAAGUUAGUUGAACCAUUAGACUAUGAUAGGUCAAAUAAACUUUAUGAAUUUGUUGUAGAUGCAUUUGAUUGUGGAUUUCCACCUCAGCAUGCUAGUGUUAUGGUUGAGGUAAUUGUGGAAGAUGUAAAUGAUAAUUCACCAAUAUUUACAAGGCGAUCCUAUAAAACAUCUAUAUCAGAGUCUUCCGAAAUUGGUACUAUUGUCUUUAACAAGUUGACAGCUAAAGAUGAUGACUCUGGAGAGAAUGGAAGAGUUACAUAUAGUUUUUUAAGUGACACACCUAAAGAUUUACCAUUCUUGUUAGAUCCUUUAACAGGUGCCUUGAAAGUGCUAAAUAAACUUGAUUAUGAAGUAAAAAAGAGCUAUACUUUUUUUGUAGUUGCAUCUGAUCAUGGUGUUCCACAGAGAUCAGAUCAAGUUAGUGUGACCAUUGAUGUUGAGAAUAUAAAUGAUAAUUCGCCCCACUUUAAGAAUUCUUCAUACAUCAUAAGUAUUUCAGAAGAUGCUAUUCGAGGUACUCCAUUGCUGCAAGUGCAAGCUGAAGACCUGGACUACUUAAGCAGUGAGAACUUUGAAUAUUCCAUUGUUGAUGGGGCUCAUUGCUUUCAAAUUGAUGCAUUUUCAGGUAUUGUUUCGUUAGGUGGAUGCAAAUUAGAUUUUAAAAAACAGAAAGAGUAUAACUUAAAAUUAAAAGUGAUAGAUUUGAGUGCAGGAGAAGACCAACAACCAGGAUUUGCUAAUCUGACUAUUAAUAUCUAUGAUGCUAAUAAUAACUAUCCCAGAUUUGCUGAAAGUAUUGUUACACUUAUGGUUGCUGAAGAUGUACCUAUUGGAACCAUUAUCGGAAAAAUCACUGCUACUGAUGAUGAUAGUGGAGAUAAUGCAAAAAUUUCUUAUUUUCUUCAAAAUCCUGAUGAAAACUUUCUGCUUAAUAAAGAUACUGGUGAGUUGUAUACUCAAUUAAAUCUUGAUCGUGAAAAGAAAUUAUCAUAUCAAUUAAUUAUUGAAGCAGUGGAUCAUGGGAAGCCUGUAUCCCUGUCAUCAACAACAACUGUAAUAAUCAGAUUAAUUGAUGUCAAUGAUAAUGCUCCGAAAUUUGUUAAAGACAACUACGAUGUUGAAAUUUUAGAAUCUGUUGCAAUUGGAAGCUUUGUUACAACAGUUUCUGCAAUAGAUGAUGAUGAUGGGAUUAACAAGUUGAUAAGUUAUUCUAUAGAAUCUUCGGGUGAUGACUCAUUUGCAAUUGCUUCUGAUACUGGCAUAAUAACUACAAUUAAACUUCUUGAUAGAGAAGUAAUCCCAGCUUAUAAAAUAACAGUUGUAGCAACAGAUAAAGGUAUUAAACAACUGAGUACAUCGAUACUUGUUAAUAUUAUCCUUAAAGACGUUCAGGAUAGUUCACCUGUUUUUGAGAAGUCUAUAUAUUACUUCAGCAUCAAUGAAAAUUCAACAACCAAAACAGUUGGCAAGGUAACAGCAACUCUUGCUGACAAAGACUUUCAAAACAGUUUAAUUUAUAGUAUUUCAAAAAACAUACAAAACUAUUUCAAUAUUGUACGUCGAACUGGAGUUAUUGAAGUCUCAAGAAGUUUAGAUUAUGAAAUUCAAAGUAUUUAUAUACUCGAAGUUCGUGCAAGUGCUCCAAGUGGUAAAGAAGAUAAGUGUGUUGUGAACGUGACAGUUCUCGAUAUAAAUGAUCACCCACCUGUGUUAAAUGACUUUUACAUUUUUCUUAACAACAAUAGUGAUUCAGAUAAUCUGGCUUUUAAAGUUCCAGCCACAGAUGUCGAUGUAACCAGUAAACUAACUUACUCAAUACUUAGAGGAAAUGAGAUGGGAUUUGUAAAGUUGUCCGAAAACACAGGAGAAUUGUUACUUCAAAAAAGUAUUAUGAAUACAGUUUUUGAAGUACAGAUCAUUUUUGAAGUAACUGAUGGUGAAAAUACUGCAAGUGCAACAGGCCAUAUUACAAUGUCAGAGAUUAACAGUGGAAUGGUUAGUAGAAGCAUGUUCAUCAUUCUAAAAAAUAUGACAAAAAAUAUGUUCUUGACUGCUCAAAUGUUGACAAAUUUUAAAAAUGCGCUUUCAACUGUUUUUAGCUGUGACUCCAGAAGAAUAUUUAUAUUAAGUAUUGAGGACUUUAUGACAACAUCUAAUGCUUCUCCUUUAUUAGAAGUUGUAAUAUCUGUUAGAGAGGAAACAACAAAUGAUUUUUUACCAGUAACAAAAUUAAAAGAUUUAUUUUAUCUUAACACAUUACGUUUUGAAUCCUUAUUAAAUAUUUCUGUUCUUUCAACUGACUAUUGGAAUGAUAUUUUUUGUGGUGCUGAAUCGUGUGAAAACUUUCAAAUGUGUUCUGUUGAUUCAUUAAAUUCAGAAACUAAAAGCAACACUGUAUUUUCAACUAAUGUAGUAUUUCGUGGUGUUCACAUAAAUCAAAAGUUGCUUUGCACCUGCCAAACUGGCUAUCGUGACGGACCAAAUGCUCCAAAUUCUUGCUCACAAAAAUUUAGUUUGUGCUAUGCAAAGCCAUGUGGCCCUUAUGGAAAAUGUAUUAGUACUGAUGAAGGAUUUACAUGCAUUUGUGAUGUUGGAUACUCAGGAAAAUAUUGUAAUGUCAAUAAAAUAACUUCGAAAUGUCCUGGAACAUCCCCAUUUGCUUUGGAUUCUAAUCCUUGUGGAACUAAUGGACAAUGUGUAAAUGAAGAUAAAAAUGGAUUUCGAUGCCAAUGUCAUUCUAAAAUUGAAAAUGAAUUUUGCACCUAUUCAACUGCACAUUUUCAGAAGGAAUCUUACAUUGCUUUGAAUGGCUUAAAACAGCGUUGGAAUUUGACUUUGUCUUUGGAAUUCGCAACUCAUGAUUCAGAUGCACUAAUAUUAUACAAUGGUCGUUAUAGUAACUCAAAUGACUUUAUUGCUAUUGAGAUUGUUAAUGGACAAGUUGUUCUUAGAAUAUCAAAAGGUAGUUUAAAAAAUGAAAAGGAGAAAGUAACAACAGUUGAAAGUUUUAUUGCUGGAGGUGUGAAUAAUGGAGAAUGGCAUUUUGUUUCAGUUUUAUAUCAAGAUAAGGUUAUUUCAUUGGCUGUUGGUCAUUCUUGUGAUGUUAAUAUAGCUCAUCUUAUAAAUCCUGAAGGUUUAAUGAAACAUUGUAGCGCAUCUAAAAUUGUUGAUGGAGAAAUGAAAUCAUUGGAUCUCACAGCUCCUCUGCUUGUUGGUGGAUAUCCCUUCCAAUCACAGUUUAUUCGUACAAGCUCAAAAAGUUUUGUUGGUUGUAUUCGAGACAUUACAAUUGAUUAUAAAAAAUUUGAUUUUUCUUCAGCUAUUCAAACAUACAACAUUUUUCCUAAUUGCCCAAAAAAAGAAUUUUGUAGCAAAGCUAAUCCGUGUAUACAUGGUCGUUGUAUUGAUGGUUUAUACAAAGCCAUUUGUGAAUGCAAAGUAGGAUUUAUUGGUGAAUUUUGUGAUCAAGAAAUAAUAAGUUCUUCAGUAGUGUCAUUGAAAUCUACAAGUGAGUUAGUUAUGGGUCAAAUUAAAAGUACUGGCACGCAUCCUACUGCAAUAAUGCUAAAAACAACACAUUUAAGUGGAACUAUUUGGGAGGAAGAAAUCAAUUUCAAGAAAGCUGUUUUAAAAAUUUCAGAUGGUUACCCCUGUUACAUUUUUGAUUCAAAGCUCAAACUUAAUUUAUCAGAUAUUUUUAUAUCUGAUGGUAAAUGGCAUCAGUUAGAAGUCAGUUGGGAGUCCACUCGUUUGGUCUUGUCUGCAGAUUAUAAAAAGUUUAGGAGAGAAUAUUUGUUGUAUCAGUCAUCAAGUUCACAAAAAAUGAUUGCUGUUGGAGGUCAAGAUAAGGAAAAGUUUGUUGGUUGUUUAUUUGGAUUUCAAUUUGGCGGAAACUAUAUUUCAUUAGAAAAUGUUCAAAAUAAAAAUAUUGAAAGUGGUUGUGAUGACUCAGACGUUUGUUCUUCUUUUCAAUGUGGUGUACAUGGAUCAUGCAAAACAUAUUAUUCCCAGCCUCAAUGCCAUUGUGAACGAGGUUAUCAAGGUCCUAGAUGUGAAGACAUUUGCCUUUCAAAACCUUGUUUAAAUAGUGGUGUUUGUGCCCAAUCUAUGAUAUCAAAGUCUGGUUUUAAAUGUAUAUGUCCUGGAAACUUUACAGGAGAUCUUUGUGAAACAGAAAUAAAAAGUACUUGCGAUGAUGAGUAUUAUGGUGAUCCUAAAUCUGGUUUGUGUGGCCCAUGUGAAUGCAAAGCACAUGAAAACUUUGAUAAUAAAUGUGACAAAGAUGGUCAAAAGAGUGGAAUUCCUGGAAAAUGUUUCUGCAAGGACACAUUCUACAGUCUGAAUGGAAAGUGUGUCCCAUGUGAUUGCCUUCUGGAAGGAUCCUUGACCCCAACUUGUAAUAAGCUCACUGGUAAUUGUAUUUGUAAAGAAAAGGUUAGUGGUCAAAAGUGUGACAGGUGCCCUGGAGUGUGGCAAGAGUUACGAAGCAAAUGUAAUGAAAUCAAUACAUCUUGUCCUGAAUCAUAUGUUGAAGGAAUAUGGUGGAGCCGUAUUCGUCCUGGUGAAACACAAAUCGAAUCUUGUCCAAGUGGAGCAAUUGGAAACGCCACACGAUAUUGUCAUGAAAGAGAAAGUUGGCUGACACCUGAUUUAUUUGGUUGUACUUCUGUGGGAUUUGCAAAUAUUGAUUCUGCAAUCUCACAGAUUCACAAGAGAAAUAUUUCUUCAAUACUUGUAAACAACAUUGCCAGUCAAUUAGAUUUUGCAGCAAGCUCUGCAUUACGUCUCUAUGGAAAAGAUGUUGAAAUUGGAAAUAAAGCUUUGACUGUUCUAGUGACUUAUGAAAGUGCGCAAUCAGGUUCAAAUCUUGUUUCAUCUGACGAUCAUCGCUUUGUUAAGAACAUUAUAAAGUCAGCGAGUUGUCUUUUUGCAGCAGAAGUUGCAAUGUUUUGGAAACCUAUACAAGAGAAAACCUCCGGAUCUGCAGGUGUAAUGUUACAAAUGGAGAAGUUUCUUACUGUAUUAACAAAUAAUUUAGCUUUUAUCAAAAGUCGGAGGUAUCGAAGAUCUCCUCUGCAACUUAUACCUUACAGCCAAGCAUCAAAGAACAUUUACUUGGAAAUUCAAUCACUUGACAUUAGUAUAAAAAAUACUUUUCCUCAACAACUUUCCUUGUGGUGGAAAGAAUUUCCUGUUUGGGGUUCUUUAAAUACUGAUAUUGUUAUUUCAAGUGAUAUGUUUAAUAACAGCAAUUCAAAAAUGAUGAAUACAAACAUUGGUCUAAUUAUCUAUAAAACCCUUGGUAAUUUACUUCCAUCAAGUUUUGAUACCAUUGCAAGUCGUAAAUAUAGUGUUGAUGUAUACUCCGAUGUAUUUACUGUAACCAUCCCAAAUAUUGGAUCAUCUGAGUUUGUUUUAAGAAUAAAGCACAAGAAUAUAACGACAAAAAUUCAAGGGCAAACCUUAAUUUGUGCAUAUUGGAAUUAUUCUUUAGAGCAUACCUCAGGUGGAGGUUGGUCUCCUAAUGGCUGCAGCAUGGUAUCUGAUAAUUCUAGUGAUAUUGUUUGUUUAUGUAAACAACUUGGGUCCUUUGCUUUAAUUGGAAUUAAAUACUUGGAAGAUCUUCAGAGAACUUAUCAACCAACAUCAUUAACAUAUUUAGGGCUAUGUGUCUCACUGGGUGUUUUGUUCAUUAUUUUUUUGAUAUAUAUUUUUUUAAGCCAGUUAAAAUCCAACUUCAACUCAAUCCACAAGAAUUUGGUGUUUGCAACAUUUUUAGCGGAACUUGUGUUUAUGCUUGCUGUAAAUAGAACGUAUAUUGGAGAGAAUGGAUGCCGUAUUGUGGCGAUUAUAAUACAUUACUUUUUUACAUGUACAUUUUCGUGGCUUCUUGUUGAGUCUUUGCACAUGUAUAGAAUGAUUCUUGAACCUAGAGACAUUAAUUAUGGUCAAAUGAUGUUUUAUUACUUUAUUGGGUGGGGGGCUCCUGUUAUGAUUGUUGGAGUGACAGCUGGUUUAAAACCUGAUGGUUAUGGAAAUGUAGAAUUUUGUUGGAUUUUAAUCAGAGACCCUGAAAUUAUGUGGACAUUUUUCUCACCAAUGUUAGCAAUAAUCGCUGGAAUUAUACUCCUAAUGGUUUGCGUUGCAAUUACUAGUUGUGAGAAAAAAGUUGACAAAAAGAAAAUUAGAAAAAUUCAAGCUAUAAGAUAUCGUGUCCUUAUUUCAUUUUUUUUUCUUCCGCUUUUUGGUGGAAUGAUUGUGGCAGCUGUCAUUACUGUUACAUUUGAUCAUUAUUUGUUUCUUUAUAUUUUCCCAGGAUGCUGUGUAUUAACAUCUUUGUACAUAGCUAUAUUUUAUUUGGUUUUGAACAGAAAAGUUCGUAGAGAAUUAUAUAAUGCUUAUAUGCGUAUAAAGACUGGUGAUAGAUCGUACGGAAUAAAAAAUAACAAAAAGUUUAAACCAUCUCUGGGGAAAUUACUUGAUGAUGAACGUGGUCAAUUGAUUUCUGAAAAAUACAGGGCCACUAUACAAGCUUUUAAUGUUACUGCUGUUUCUUCUACAUCAGAUAGCAGUGAUACAGAUGGAGGAAGAUAUCCAAGGAGAAUAAUUACUAGCUCUGAUGCAACAGAUUUUCAAACUACAAAUAACGAUUCAUCAGAUUCUUCUGAAGAAGAGGAAUUUGAAAAACGAAGAGUUGUUCUUGAUUCAGAUUCGGAUUCCAGUGAUAAUAGCUCAAGAGCUGAUAAUUUUCAUUUCAUAAACAAAAAUGGUAAAGCUGCUCAACCGGCUUACAAUCACAGUAUUCAUCAAGUGGAAUGGAAACAAGCCAAUCAAAAAAAGCUUAUUAAAAGAACAUAUGCUUCUGAUGGACCUAUGCACUCAACACCCUCAGAAUCAGAAAUAUCUGAAAAAAAAAAGCCAUUUAAAACGGGGUUUAGUAAAGAUAUUUGUGAUGUUUCUUCAGAACUUAAAGAAAUGAAGAGUAACCCAGCUAACUUAUCCGGAGCAAUGAACCAGAACUCCAUCUUGUUAGAGACAAAUAAUUGCACAAAAGACCAACCGGUUAGCAUAUUAAAAAAGAAAUCUGUGUAUGAUGGAACCCGAAAACCUAAGCUGCUUGUAAAAGACAGUACUCGUAGGUUACUGUUAGCAAAAGAUGAAGGGCUGAAUGAUUCUCAAGUUUAAAAGCAAAGAAUACAAACUUUAUCCACAUUUAAAAGUAAUACAAGUGCAGUUUUAAAGCAACUGUUGUAUUUUGAAGCAAUAUAGACACACAUUCGAAAGCCAUAUUUCCAUGUUUCUAUAGUUUCAUGUUCUAGUGUUAAGUGAUAAAAGUGAAACACAACAUUUUACAGUUGAAUGAUGCCAGUGACCAAUACAUGCCUGGAGUAGCAGUUAACAAACAAGCAACAUAAAUGCAAGUUUGAAGAUAUUACAGUUUCAAGUUUGAAAUAAACGCAGUUUCAUGAUUGCGCCGAGUAUAGUUCCAAGUUUUUAACUAAUACAAUUUCAUGAUUAAAGCCAUUAGAGUUCCAUGUUUGACAUCAAUACAGUUUUAUGAUUAAAACCAAUACAACUCUAAAAGCUGGUGAAUUGUUUUAUACUAACAUUAAUUCGAUUUCAAAAAUAAAUGUGAUAUUGUACAUAGUAUAAAUGUGACUAUUUAUGAAUAAGAGGUUAUUUUAUAUUUUCAUAUGAUUAAUUGCUUUUUUGGCUUUUAUUUUGAUUUUUUCGUUUUUUUCUUGUCUAAAAAUUUAGAGCUUUUGUAUGUUGCACAU